AGAGGCAGGUCGUAUCGACCUUACCCACGACAGGGACGGCAAUAUACAGAAAACUAUCAGUGUGAGUGAGACGAAAAUCUAUUUACAGUGGAAAAUCACAUAAAGUUGUGAAGUGAAUGUAGCUGUGUUUUGAUUUUGGAUCUUGUUUUCACAAUGGAUAAGAAGUAUAAGAGACUGGAAGAACUAGACGAAGAAGGAGUGGUGACACUGCUAGAGAAGUGGGACUUAGAGGAGUUUAUAGAGUUCGCGAGGGAGAGGACGCUGGACGGUAGGAAGCUGUUUGAUGUCAGCGAAGGAAUCGUGAAGCUAUGGCGACCAAAAGCAAAUGCAAAGAAAUUCAUGACAUUCAUUGAAGACAUGAAACUGAAUCCAAAGAAAUAUUUAGAAAACAAAGACGACAACAUAACAACGGAAAAAAUUGAUUUCAAAGAAACAACAGCGACAAACAUACAUACACAAAAUAUCUGCGACAAACAGGAUAUCGAGAGCCAGUACCAAACAGUCACGCACAGGCGAAAGGAAGGUGAUGCACAAACCCACUCGAUGAGCACAGUCGAAGAACUGAUCAGAAGAAUUGUACCAGCCAAGAGCUUCCUCUACAGAAACCAACAAAAGGCUGAAAGAACUCCUUCGUACCUGCCUAUGGAUGCUGGCACUCCUAAGAAAAAGAAACUUUUCAGACUCAGUUCAUAUGAAUAUCCUUUCUUCGACAUAAGAGCGAGAUUCUCCAGACAAGAAAGUUCAAACGACAGAGGGUACUACGCCAUGAAGAGGAACAGCAGAUAUUACACAGCUAGGUCUUACAAGAAAUCUGAUUCUAGAACUAAAUAUAAAACGCUAUCGACUCCCGAGGAAUUCAGUGAAAAAUGUCCAGAUGAUCAUUUCUACGAAGACUUGUGUUACAAUGAAGUUGACAAAGACAAAGAUAAGCCAGUGGAACAAAGAGUAGUUAGUGUUAAACCUUGUAUAGUUAAGAUCCAAGAACUGUUUCAAUCAUUCAAAGUGCCCUUUUUUAAGAAACAUGAAAUGUUGGAGGAUUGUCCUAGAAAUAUAGAAAGUGAGAAAUCAUCGAAUAUUUAUGAGAACGACAGUGUUGCUAAUAUGUACGACUCGGUACAUGUUAUUAGACCUGUUGAAGAUGAAGUGAACAAUCAAACGAAGAUCCCAGUUGAAGACUACCUAGAGCCGGUGCAGCUAAAUAAAGACUAUUGUGAUGUGAACUAUAAACAGAAAGAUGAUUCUCUACUGGGGUAUAUACUCAGCAUCUUCGAGAACAGAUUCGGGAUUCGAAGAGAAACAAAUGACGAUCAUCCAUCAGAAGAAUCAGAAGCAGAAUCUCAUAAAGCUGAGAGCACACCGAGCGAGGACGCGGCUCGCAAAUGGCCAGAAUCCCGCAAGUCUGGCGGGACGAAUAUGGCUGACCGACCACUGCCCGUGCCGGUGGAGAACGAGCCUUAUUACAUGAACGUGGACCGGGCAGAGGCCAUCAACUUGUUGAAGGGACAGCCUGAUGGCACCUUUAUAUUGAGGCCCUCUAGUCAGCCUGACCAUGCCUACACUCUAAGUGUAGCGUGCUCAAACGCAGUCCACAACGUCGGUGUCCGCCGCAGACCAGACGGUCGGCUGGCACUCGGUUUCCCUCGGCGCGGGGAGCAGAGCUUCGCGAGCGUGACGUCACUGCUCCGCCAUCAUCGCAAGAGGAGGCUCCUGCUGGUAGCAGGCGGUGACGUCAUCGGAGCCACCACGCUCAACGAAACUCCUCACUACUACCAGAGCCCUAGCAGUAUUCCUGUACCAGUUGCUAAUUAGGGCGAACUGAGGAGUUGUACUGGAAUAUGACUUGAAGACUGUUCUAUACAGUCGUUGUUGAUGUUAAAGAUGAAUGAAUGACAGUGACAUGGUGUUAUAUUACCGCGUCAGUUUUUAAUCGAUUACUUCAGAAGAGGGGUUAAUGUUUUCCGUUUAAUUUAAUAAAGGAGGAGUAAAUGUUAUUUCGCUUACUGUGUGUAAUGUACCUUUAUAAAACGCAGACACUUUGUCUAGUUGCAAACUGGUCCCACCACGAAAGCAGUAUAUGAAAUUAAGCAGAAUUAUCUAUAGUCCUGAACUUUAGUAUAAAGAAUUUAGUAUUAAUGUUAAAUAGUUUCUGUUCUUCAUGUUUAUAUUAUAACUUUUGUGAGACAUACUAAGUUAUAAUUAUUUUGUUUUCGACUUACAGUUACGGGAACUGUUUGACGAAGAAGUCGGCUAGUUUCAUCAGACGCUCAUAUUUAGGAGCAGCAUUCCGGGACACACGACGACGCGGCGAUUGUCAUGGAAUGCUGCUCAUGAACAUGAGCCUCUAGCAUGGCUUGAAACUAGUCGAGGUCCGCGUCAAACAGUAACGUAAGUAAACCGAAAACAUAUUAAUUAAUUCCGAUCUUCAUGUCAUAAUAAAACGGUAAUUAUUAUACCAAAGAAUGUUUUGCAAGUAUUGUAGUUCAUAAGAUAUUGCCUUGUAGUUAUCUAUCAUCUAAUUGGAGUACUGCCUCUAAAUGUCACUUUUACUAUUUAUUAUUUCGAUAUUGUGAUGGCUAUCUCUUCUAUAUUUUGCAAUUUAUUCUAGUUGUAUUCCAUUUUGUACUUUUCUCUUUAGUUUUAGGGUUUAUUUUACCAUUUCUCAAUGUUUAGUAAUAUCUUGAUUUAAUUUGAUCUCUUCUCUGUUUUAUUGUGUCUUGUUGUGAAUGUAGAUCUGAAUAUAAAUAUGUAUGUACGCAACACAUCAAUGUACAAAUAUAAAACUCUUACCCACC